ACACGGAAGUUGUUGCUGAAGUUGUUGGAGUCGGGAGAAGUUGCGGUGUGAAGUGUUCGAGGUGUCCAGUAUGGGGGGCUCAUCCAGCCAGCUGUCUAAGGAUCUGAUCAAUGAGUAUCAGGAACUGACGUACCUGACGAAGCAGGAAAUCUUACUGGCUUCUAAACGAUUUAGUGAACUAGUACAGAAAGAAAACAGAAGCAACAUAAAUUCAGUGCGGGUGCCGAAAGAAAAGUUUCUGAUGAUGCCUGAAUUACAGGCAAACCCCUUUAAGCAUCGCAUAUGCCAUGUCUUCUCUACUUCAAAACACGGUGAUGACAGCAUGUCAUUUGAAGACUUUCUCGACCUGCUAAGUGCCUUCAGUGAAUCUGCUACCCUUGAAAUCAAAUCUCAUUAUGCCUUCCGGAUAUUUGAUUUUGAUGGUGAUGGUGCUUUGAAUGAAACUGAUUUGGAAACAUUGGUAAACCAUUUAACAGGAGUAGAAGGAGACAUCAAGCUAAGUAAUGAAGAGAUGAAGCAGCUUAUAGAAAAUAUCCUUGAUGAGUCGGACAUAGACAAGGAUGGCACAAUCAACCAUUCUGAAUUCCAGCAUGUCAUCUCCAGAUCUCCAGACUUUGCCACUUCCUUCAAGAUCGUGCUGUGAUUGCUUCUUGCCGUUUCUGCGAUGACCUUCAGUACCAUCACUGGAAUAAAUCUGUCAACUGUGAAUAACUCUAGCCGGACCUAUGCAAUUGCUAAUUAAAUUCUGCUAUGGUCAUCCUUUCUAAUGUACUUGGAUUUCUACUGAACUACUGAUUUUGUGUUUGCAAU